AGAGAAAGACCACAUCUGGAGGAAAAUAAAGAAUCAUCACUUCAUGUCCUCCACCCUCCGUCUUAUUCUCCUCCCUCUCACUCUUUUUUCAGACUGAGGAAGGAACCGGGAGACAGUAGACAGGCGUCGUAAGCAAGCGAUGCUCCUUUGAAAUGUAUUUAUUUAGGAACGAUUUAUCGUAACUUGACAGCAUUAUAUAACCUUUUUGCCGACAAAUAUAUAUUAAAUCGUACACUACAAGAAGAGUUUGCCCUUUUGGUAUUCUAAGUAUUGUGUUGUGCGUGAGUUGGAAAUUCUCAGCUGGAACCAGGAGUGUUUUUGAUGAAGACAUCUGGCGUUUUAUUUAAUCUAAACGCUAAACGGAGCGCACGCUUCAGGUCCUCUCAGCACGUCACGUAUUUUGGAAUCUGACGGAACGUCGUUUUGAGGCGGGCGGAUCAAAGCCAUGCUGUCACUGGACGAGCCCCUGGAUUUGAAGAUCCCCUCUGGUCGUGACAGGACGAUCAGGACCUCCAUCUGUGCCCCUCUGCAUUUUGCUCGUGCCCGAAUAUCCCGGACACUGCAUAAGUCAUCAAGCCCUGAUGCAGCCGAUAAGGACAUGUCAGACUCUUCAUCAUCCACUGCUGUGGAUCUGAGUCUGUCUCCAUCCUCCUCUCCUUCACCACCCUCUCCAAUAGACAGUGGUGCCAGCUGGAGCCCCACAGCGCCUCUGCUGGCCUCUGAAUCUGAGAGCACUCCAUACCAUGAGGACAGCGCCUCUCCUCCUCCGGGAUUCCAGUUCUUCCUGCCGAUUGGUGCAGAGGGUCCCCUGCGCCUGCCCUCCUCAAUGCUGAUUGGUCAACACUCCCCUGAGCCCUCGGGUGACGAACAGCUGGCCUGCCGCUGGCUAAAGUGCCAUCUGCUGUUCGAGAGCCUGCAGGAUCUGGUGGAUCAUGUCAACGACUCGCAUGUGAAACCAGAAAAAACUUCAGGAUACUGCUGCCACUGGGAGGGCUGUGCGCGCAAGGGGAGAGGCUUUAAUGCCAGGUACAAGAUGCUGAUUCAUAUCCGCACUCAUACCAAUGAGAAACCUCAUCACUGCCCGACCUGCCACAAGAGCUUCUCACGUCUGGAGAACCUGAAAAUACACACGCGCUCACACACAGGAGAAAAGCCUUACAUCUGUCCGUACGAAGGCUGCAACAAACGCUACUCGAACUCCAGCGACCGCUUCAAACACACGCGCACACACUACGUGGACAAACCCUACUGCUGCAAAAUGGUAGGGUGUCUGAAGCGCUACACUGAUCCCAGCUCGCUCCGUAAACACAUCAAGGCACAUGGACAUGCCGUAGUGCAAGAUCGCGCCACUUCUCCGAGAACCAACAGGCUGGAAUCAGACGGUGCAUCAUUGGUGGACGGACGACGAAUGGAUCAAUCUCACCUAACGGCGGCUAAUUUCAUCCUGCCGGGGGCGACGACCACAUUAUUUGGAGGUCAUGCCUUCGCCGGGCCCUUUGGAGGUCACCCUCUGGAUCUUUCCAGGCUCAGUCCGCUUUUAGGAGCAGGGCCAGUGCUGUACCCCAGCUCCAGUGCUCUUGGGCUUGGCAAGUUGCCUAUUUUGCACCCUUUGUUGUUGCCGCCAUUUGGUUUAAGUGGGGGUCAGGCUGAACGAGGCAUCGAGGAAGAGGAUGAAAUUGAUAUUGAUGAUGAAGAUGAAGGCAGGAUGGGAGCACGACGAGGGCCUCACUCAUGGGUAGUGAUUCCUCCGGGUAUGCUGUUCUUGAAACAAGUUGCAACCACGUAAAUGUUCCUUGUGUACACCAGAGGUAACUCUGACUCGGAUUUGAAUUCAGAUCACGCUGUUAAUUUUGCAAAUUAAACUCAAAUUUGAUUCGACUGUUUCUGACAUUCUGAUUCAAAUUUGAUUUCAGUUUUCAUGAAUGUGGUGUGAAUCCAGUUUUCUGUUCACACUGGGAAAACGAAACCGAUCAGGUUCACAUACCCCAAAAAUGCUUUUAUUUGCUUCGUAAUCCUACCAGGCAUGGUUUUCUUGAAACAGGUUGCACCCACGUAAAUCUGAUUCAGAUCAUACAAAUCAAAUCUGUUAUAUCAUGUUCCCGAAUAAGGCAAAAAAAAAACUAUUUGUAAAUAUGAUCCAAAUGUUCAAUUUUCAUGAAUGUGGUUUAAAUCCACUUGACUGUUCACUUUGUGAAAGCGAAACUGAUUAGUGUCAGAUACCCCCAAAAUGCUUUUAUUUGCUUUGUAAUCCCACCUGACAUGCUAAUCUUGAAACAGGUUGCAUUCAGAUUAUCAAUUCUGAUCACACUCAAUUUACACAAAUCUAAUCUGUUAUAAUAAAUCUUGAAUGAGGCUAAAAAACUAUUGGUAAAUAUGAUCCAAAUGUUCCAAUUCUAAUUUGAUUUCAGUUUUCAUAAAUGUGGUGUGAAUCUAGUUUUUUGUGCACACUGUAAAAACGAAACUGAUCAAGGUCAAAUAUUCCAAACAUGCUUUUAUUUGCAUCGUUAUCCCACCAGGCAUUGUAAUUUUGAAACAGGCUGCACCCACAGAAAUCUGAUUCAGAUAAGGCUAAAAAUAUAUUUGUAAAUAUAAUCAAAUUCUUCCAAUUCUAAUUUGAUUUCAGUUAUUAUGAAUGUGGUGUGAAUCCAGUUUUCGGUUCACUCUGUGAAAGCGAAACUGAUUAUUUUUGAGGGUCAGAUACCCUCAAAAUGUAUUUAUUUGCUUUGUAAUCCCAGCAGAAAUGCCAAUCUUGAAAAAGGUUGCACCCACAUAAAUAUGAUUCAGAUUAUCAAUUCAGAUCACACUCAGUUUUCACAAAUCUAAUCUGUUAUGUCACGUUCCUGAAUAAGGCAAAACUAUUUGUAAAUAUGAUCCAAAUGUUCCAAUUCUAAUUUGAUUUUAGUUUUCAUGAAUGUGCUGUGAAUCCAGUGUUCUGUUCGCACUGUGAAAACAAAACUGAUCAGGGUCAGAUAUCCCCAAAAUGCUUUUAUUUGCUUCAUAAUCCCACCAGACAUGCUAUUCUUGAAACAGGCUGCAUCCACGUAAAUAUGAUUCAGAUAUCAAUUCAGAUCAUACAAAUCAAAUCUCUUAUGUCAUGUUCUUGAAUAAGGCAAAACUAUUUAUAAAUAUGAUCCAAAUGUUUCAAUCCUAAUUUGGUUUCAGUUUUCAUGAAUGUGAUGUGAAUCCAGUUUUCGGUUCACUCUGUGAAUGCAAAACUGUUUAGGGUCAGAUACCCCUUGCUUUUGUUUGCUUUGUAAUCCCACCAGAAAUGCUAUUCUUGAAACCAGUUGCACCCACAUAAAUCUGAUUCAGAUAUAAAUUCAGAUCACACAAAUCAAAUCUGUUAUGUCACGUUCCUGAAUGAGGCAAAACAAAAACUAUUUGUAAAUAUGAUCCAAAUGUUCCAAUUCUAAUUGGAUUCACUUUUCAUGAAUGUGUUUUAAAUCCCCUUGACUGUUCACAUUGUGAAACCGAAACUGAUUAGGGUCAGAUACACCAAAAUGCUUUUAUUUGCUUUGUAAUCCCACCUGAUAUGCUAAUCUUGAAACUGGCUGCAUCUACGUAAAUCUCAUUCAGAUUAUCAAUUCAGAUCACACUCAAUUUUCACAAAUCUAAUCUGUUAUAUCAAAUCUGGAAUGAGGCUAAAAAACUAUUUGUAAAUAUGAUCCAAAUGUUUCAAUUCUAAUUUGAUUUCAGUUUUCAUGAAUGUGGUGUGAAUCCAGUUUUCUGUUCACACUGAAAAUGAAACCGAUCAAGGUCAGAUAUCCCAAACAUGCUUUUAUUUGCUUCAAAAUCCCACCAGGCAUUGUGUUCUUAAAACAAGUUGCAUCCAUGUAAAUAUGAUUCAGAUAUCAAUUCAGAUCACACAAAUCAAAUCUGUUAUGUCAUCUCCCGAAUUAGGCAAAACAAAACUAUUUGUUAAUAUGAUCCAGGUGUUCCAAUUCUAAUUUGAUUUCAGUUUUCACAAAUGUGGUGUGAAUCCAGUUUUCUGUUCACACUAUGAAAACGAAACUGAUUAACAAAAUGCUUUUAUUUGCUUUGUAAUCCCACCUGAUAUGCUAAUCUUGAAACAGGUUGCACCCACAUAAAUCUCAUUCAGAUUAUCAAUUUAGAUCACACUGAGUUAUCACAAAUCUAAUCUGUUAUGUGAAAUCCUGAAUGUAACUAUAAAAAAACUAUUCUAAUUCUAAUUCGAAUGUGGUGUGAAUCCAGUUUUCUGUUCACACUAUUAAAAGGAAACUGAUCAGAGUCUAAUACCCCACAAACGCUUUGAUUUGCUUUAUAAUUCCACCAGGCAUGCUAUUUUUGAAACAGGUUGCACCCACUUAAUCUUAGAUAUUAGAUAGAAAAUUAGAGAUCAAUUCAGAACACACAGUCAGUUUUCACAAAGUGAAUCUGUCACAAUGUAAUGACCCUAAAAAAACUAUUUGUAAAUAUGAUCCAAAUCUUCCUAUUCUUAUUUGAUUUCAGUUUUCAUGAAUGUGGUGUUAAUCCAGAUUUCUGUUCACACAAAAAACUGAACUGGUUUAAGUCAGAUACACCAAAAAUGUAUCUGAACCACAAUUAGGAUUACAUGAUAAACAAGGGCAAUAUCACUGGCAUCACUUUCCAGCUGAUCAACAAUAAAAAAACACUGACAGGCUACUUCAAAGAUUCUCAAGAGACAGUAAACAGAACGUCAGCUGGUGUACACACUAAGAUGGUUAUCAUUAUGGUAAUCUUUAUAGUUAGUAGUCUUAGUGUGACUGCACACACACAUUGUAUUUGUUUUUAUGAUGAAUUGUAAAUGUUAGACAUUGGGGUGCUGCCUUUUAGGGAAUUAUGUGAGAUGAUAUAAACAAAGAGCAAGAUAAACAUAGUGUUUAAACAUGCAACAUUACGCAGUGUUGCAGAAUUUAAAUAUUGAUUCCUGACACUAAUAUUCAUUCACCAUCUGUACACGGUAUAAAUCAGAAUGCCAUAAAAGAUGUCAAUGAACAUAAUGUGACGUCUGAUGAGAACUGCUUAGAGGGCAGAGCUUCGUAAUUCAUAAUCUGCGCCUUUGUUUGUUUAAAUUAGUCUCCCGGUGUGUAAUGACAGCUGCAUUUACGAGGAAAUUUGACCCACAGUGGUCAAACAAAGAGAACAGGAUGCAAUACGAAAAGGAUACAUCAUCUUUUAAUAUAGAGUUAAGUAAAUGAAGUAAAAUGAACAUAUUUGGGUCAUUUUAAGUAAUACUUUUGUCUGUGUAGACGUGCACCUUGAUUGCUUUAAGUAAUCAUCAGCUUGAACUUUUAUUAUUAGCCAUUUAAUGGUGCAACUUUGCUAUGUCAUGUACAUUUUUGAAGACGAGACAUUGACUGUGUCAAAACUGUGUCAUUUGAUGACAUGAGUCCACUUGGACUCCGCUGUUUGUUAUUCAUUAUUAUGUUCUGUGACCUUAACCUUAAUGCAUGGAUGCUUUCUCAGUUAAAUGUAAAAAUGGAGCCUGGUUUUCACCGGGGGUCCUGUAUGUAAUGUAUAGCUCUGAUUUUAAAUUUGCCAUGCACAGUGGAUAAAUGCUAAGACUACGGCCUGUCUGGGCCAGCGCAAGUAUUUUAAUGAAAUAUAUUUGCACAGAAUAUUUUAUCGAACAUAUUUUUACCAGUAAUAAGUGCCUUCUAUUGUUAUGUCAUUAUUGACGAAAUACAAUGUAUGAAAUACAUUCGGAUGUAUAUUGUCAGUUCAUGUAUGUAUAUUUUACCAGAUUUACUUCAGUCUUCUUUUUUUUGUACACCUUCUUGACGUUGAGGCUUAUGUCUCAUGAAUCUUAGCUAAUGCUAAUGUCUCUUACCAUAACACAAGACGUCUGUCAAUGUGACUGGAAUGAAAUUUAUGAAAUAGCAGACUAUGACGCAUCAGUCUAAUAAAGAGUGCAAUGACAUAA